AUGGCGCUUUCAGCAGGUCCGGGGAUGCUGGCUGCUCCAGCUUCAGCGCCGGUAGCGCCAGUGCCGGCCCCAGAGGGUGACUACUACAACGCCGAUCUGCCUUCCCGCCAGCCCACGAUUGAUCUCUCAGAUCCAAUCCUCGAGGGUGACGAGACCGAGAGCGAGGGCCCCGUUGAACCCGUUACGCCCACCAGCGGCCGCCAAUCGCAAGACUUCACAUCGCUGAGGAAUGCGCAUGACCAGGAGCAGGACGACCGCAGCAGUUUCAACACACAGUCUGACCAAGCCUUGCAUCAGCAGCAACCUGCCGGCGCUGUGACAUCUGCAAACAAGGCCCCUGUUCUCUCCUCGCCCUCGCGCAAGACGGCGUCCGUCGAAGCCUCCGCGGCAGCCCUGAACCCGGCUCCAGCGGCCAGACCGACCUCUAGCAGCCUCCUGUCUCCUGCAUCGGCAGCAUUUCCUGUCUCAGUCGCAAAGCCAGGCACCGCGUCUUCUGAGCUUGCGCGUACCAACAGCAACAGCAACAGGUCUUUCACAGACCUGACGCCCACUUCGAGCCGACCUUCCAUUCAGGAACCGCCCCCGCCAUCGCGGCGCUCAGCUCGGCUCUCGACUUCCAGCUUCAAGAGCACAAUGACGAACUUCUUUCGCCGUCCCGGCGCACAGGACGCCCCGGUCUUUGAAUCUGGUUCGCCGACUCCCUCAGAGUCUUCCUACCUGCACCGACCUCUCACCAGCACCGCUCGCCCGACCACGCGCUCAAGUCGCUUCUCAUUUACGAGGCCCUCUAACUCUACUACUCGAUCAAACUCGCCCCCUUCUCCCACCAUGGCGGCAUCUCUCGAUGGGGCGCAAGCAGACAAGGCGUCUCUUGUCGACGAGGAUCUGCUCAGCGAGGCCGACUUCAAGAAGAAGAACCGUGCCUCGACCGGGCUCAGCUUGCGGGGCCGCGCCGUCAACUUUGUGGGCACGACAGUCGGCCGCACUGCUGGGCGCCCUAGCAAGGCUGCGUCGCGCCGUGCUAACAGCUUUGACGCUGGAAGUCGCGGGCCGCCUCCUCACCAGCAUGCCAACGUAAAACCCGGCGAUCAGACGUACCCCCCUGAGCGACACCCGUGGGCACUCCCCCCUGAUGUCGGAACCGGCGCCAAGGCCCGUCGCAUGAGCUUGAGCUUACCCGACGAUUUCAACGUGGACGUCGCCGUGCUACAGGACGAGUUCGAAUACCAGAGCAAGCUCCUGGGUCGCCACGGCAAGCAUCUUGGAAAGGGUGCCGCCUCCAAGGUUUCCCUCAUGGUGCGCAAAGGCUUCCCCACUGAGAUGUACGCCGUCAAGGAGUUCCGCAGCAAGUCGAGCCGGGAGAGCAAGGAGGAUUACGACAAGAAGAUCAAGUCCGAGUUCAGCAUCGGCAAGAGCCUGCAUCAUCCAAACAUUGUCGAGACUGUUCGCCUCUGCACUGAUCACGGACGAUGGAACCACGUCAUGGAAUACUGCUCUGAGGGUGACUUGUUCAGCCUUGUGCAGAAGGGCCACCUGAAAGGCGAGGGCAAGCUUAAGGAUCGCCUGUGCCUCUUCAAGCAGCUCAUCCAGGGCGUCAACUAUCUGCACGCCAAUGGCAUCGCCCAUCGCGACAUCAAGCUCGAGAACCUGCUCAUCACCAAGGACAGCAAGUUGAAGAUUACCGACUUUGGCGUCUCCGAAGUCUUCUGUGGCACCCAUCCGGGCCUUCGCGAGUCUGGCGGUCAGUGUGGUAGAAACAUGGGCGAGAUCCGACUCUGCAGCCCGGGGCUGUGUGGAAGCGAGCCCUACAUUGCGCCCGAGGUUCUCCAGAAGAAGGGCCCAUAUGACCCGCGAGCCCUCGAUGUGUGGAGCUCAGCCAUUGUCAUGAUUUACAUGACGUUUGGCGGUGCCAUCUGGUCCAGAGCCGAAGCUGGCAACCUUCACUACGACAAGCUGGUAGCGGGCUGGAAAAAGUGGAACAAGAAGCAUGAGGGCGAAGAGAACGCCACCAUCACCGACACGGACUAUCCCUACUGCCAGGCCCUCGACAUCGGCGUCAACCCUCCAGCUCUGCGACGAAUUCUGCUGCAGAUGCUCAAUCCUGACCCCGACAGCCGUAUCAGCAUCUAUGAGGUCAUCAACAACCGAUGGGUCAAGAAUAUCGAGUGCUGCCAAGUCGAGUCGUACGACGACCCCAAGCUAACGAUUGACGUGACCAAGAAGGAUUACGGCGGCAAGAGCGGUAGCAAAAUCUUCUGCCACAACCACCUUCCGCCCAAGUCGUUUGGCUCUCACUCGUUGGGCAAAAUGCCUGGCCAGGCUGGAUACUAA